GCCGUCCAAGGGAGCCGCCUCCUUUCCUCUUUCUGCUUUCCCUCUUCGCCAGCUGCCUGCCUCUCCCCCGGCGCACUCCUUGGCUACUCCACCAGGUAGACGCAUGGCUGCUAAUAAAGUGAUAGUUUACGGUGGGAGAGGCGCGCUGGGCUCCAAGUGUGUCCAGCAUUUCAAAUCCAAAGGAUGGUGGGUUGCCAAUAUCGACAUGGGUGCUAACGAGGACGCUAACGAAAACGUCAUUGUCAAGUUGACAGAGUCCUUCUGCGAGCAGGCUGGCCAGGUCACAUCAGAUGUGGCGCGCCUGCUUGGAGAGCAGAAGGUGGACGCCAUUUUGUGCGUCGCCGGUGGAUGGGCAGGAGGAAACUGCAGUUCCAAAGACAUGUACAAAAACACAGAUCUAAUGUGGAAACAGAGUGUGUGGACCUCCACCAUCUCCAGCCACCUGGCGGCCGUGCACCUGAAGCCAGGAGGUCUGUUAACUUUGGCAGGGGCCAAAGCCGCUCUGUCAGGAACCGGAGGCAUGAUGGGCUACGGGAUGGCCAAGGCCGCUGUGCACCAGCUAUGUCGGAGUCUGGCAGGCAAAAACAGCGGGAUGCCUUCCGGCGCUGCUGCUGUGGCCAUUUUGCCGGUUACCUUGGAUACGCCCAUGAACAGGAAGUUCAUGCCAGAUGCUGAUUUUGGCACAUGGACACCUCUGGAAUACGUUGCAGAAACAUUCUUCAAGUGGGCCACGGACGUCGACAGGCCGGCGUCUGGCAGCCUCAUGCAGCUGCUCACCUCCGGCGGUAAAACUGAGGCCGUGGCGGCGCCAUAGAGGACGGGCAGACGGACCGCAGCAGUGGCGACAUUGUCAUCGAGGGAGAAUGGAAGAUAAGGAUAGAGAGGACGAUCAGGAGAUGAUGGUCUGAAAGAAAAGGGGGAGGGGUAAAGAGGUCAGUGUUAGAUGAAGGAUAACAGCGCCAUCUACCUGUGUAUGUUACUAUUGCUGUUAGGCAAUGGCUGCCUGUCAAAAACGUGAUUAAAAAAAUAUAUCAUAAUAAAAGAACCAUUGUGAUAUUCAAAG